CAAUUCAUAUUUAUGUCCGCCAUUCAUUCUUUUGAGUUGGUUUUUCGUUUUUACGAUUCCAAAAGUGCCCGAUUUGUCAUCAAGGUCUACGCAACACCAUCGCGUAAUUGAAUAACCUACCUGGAAGCAGCUAAAACUAAACAGUCCACGCGUCGAAGUUUCUUCGACACCAGUGUAGUGUAACAUCGGUGUGACGUGAUCUGUCUGUGAGAUCGUAUCGUACUUCCAAUGAUGCUUUUGCUUCCCUUUUACGUUAUCGGUUGCGACGUUCGUUUGAGUGCCUGAUGGUGUGGGAACUAUGUGUGAUUAACGGAUUAAAAUUUGAGGACUCAGCAUGGGGGCGUUUUUGAAUAAGCCCGAAACUAAGAAGUACAACGAGAACGGAGAAGGGAACGGUCUUCGAUAUGGCGUGGCGUCGAUGCAGGGUUGGCGGGUGGAGAUGGAGGAUGCCCACCACGCGCAGCUAACUUUGAACGGGACCCUAUCGGACUGGUCAUAUUUCGCGGUGUUCGACGGACACGCGGGGGCGCGGGUGUCUGCACAUUGCGCGGACAACCUCCUCGAGUGCAUCUUGCAGACGGACGAGUUCCGGCGCGAGGAGAUCGCGGAGGCUAUUCGUGCUGGCUUCCUGGACCUCGACAAGAAGAUGCGAGAGCUUCCGGAGCUGUCCAACGGCGAGGAGAAGUCAGGGUCAACAGCAGUCUGCGCUUUCGUGUCGCCGAAGCAGAUCUACAUCGCCAACUGUGGCGACUCCCGCGCAGUGCUCGCGCGAAACGGCGCGCCGAUAUUCGCCACCCGAGAUCACAAACCGGAACUACCUUCGGAGAAGUCACGUAUAGUCCAAGCUGGCGGAUCUGUGAUGAUCCAGCGUGUGAAUGGAAGCUUAGCCGUGUCUAGGGCGCUUGGAGAUUAUGAAUACAAGAAGGUUCUGGACCGUGGCCCGUGUGAACAGCUGGUGUCCCCUGAGCCUGAGGUGUCAGUCCACGAGCGGUCCGAGGCUGAGGAUGAGUUCCUGGUGCUGGCGUGCGACGGAGUGUGGGAUGUGAUGAGCAAUGAGGCCCUGUGUGCUUAUGUGCACUCACUUCUACUGCUCACAGACGACUUAACGGCUAUUACCAAUCAGGUCAUCGACACAUGCUUAUACAAGGGUAGCAAAGACAACAUGAGCAUCGUUCUAGUGGUUUUUCCGGCGGCCCCCAAGCCCAGCCCAGAAGCUCAGCGAGCGGACCGAGAGCUGGACGAGACACUCCGGCAGAGGCUCACAGCCUUGAUCGAGCGCAGCGCGGGCACCGAGGAGCGCGAGGACACGUCGUGCCACUUCUCGUGGGUGCUGAAGCAGCUGGUCCAGGAGAACAUCCCCGGCCUGCCGCCCGGCGGCGGGCUGGCUGCCAAGCAAGCGCUACUGGACAAAAUAUACAGGGAGUUCUACCCAGAGCACGCAGACAGCUCGGAGACAUUCGACUGCCAGGCCGAGCUCGCCGACGCCUUCGGCGCCAACUAAGCCGCGGGCGACCCGCUAUCACGCGUGCCGGCUAGAUUGACAUAGACUUUAUGCGAUCGCCUUGACUCACAUAGCAUCUAGCGUAAUCGCCUUCUGCGAGAUGGCGAUUACGAUUGAAAAUCUUCUAUCUGGUAUGUACAUCUUGAAA